UGCAAUGUCCCAACCUUACUGAACACAAUAACAUAAGCGCAGUUAUUGUGAAAUCUCACGUUUAAUGUCUAGGCAACACUCAGUUGAGGGUACCUACCCACAUCCUGUCCAAACUCAGUCGCUGGGAGGAUGCAGCGCAGCAUUUAAAAAGCUGCAGAAUGGCAAUAACAGAGGCAGAUAACCCUCCAACUCAGCCGAAAUGGGAUUUGAAGCCGUCUUAAAUACUUUCACCGCCCUGCUCAUCUUUCUGGCCUUGGAUCUUCAAGGUGCCUAUACUGACAUCUUGAUUUCCCAAACUCCCUCAAUUCUCACUGUGAAAGAAGGAGCUGAUGCCCAUGUAAACUGCAGCCUUGACACCCCACAGCAGAUCUCUGAAGCGUUCUUUGAAUGGGCAAAUGAGGACGACACCAUCCUCUCCUGUAAGAUGCAAAACUACAGUCAUACUGAAAACUGUAGGCACCACAGGAUCAGCGCCUCCAUCAAAUGGAACUCGGGACUCUUCAUGUUGCACAUCAACAGCGCCCAGCUGAAGGACAACGGGACAUAUUACUGUCACCUUCAGAUUGAGCGACCGGUCCCGAUUAAGACAGGACGGGGGAACGGAACUGUUUUGAUCGUUGAGGCGUCAGGUGAAGGACCUCCUGAAUUUUACAGCAAUGGGAAAUGGCUGGCGUCGAUGGCAGCUUGGCUGCUCUCUGGGAUCUUCCUGUGCACACUGGUUACUUCACUCCUCUUGGUCAGAGGCAGGAGACUGACUGGAUUGGAAUCGGAAUCACAGGAAGCCAGAGGAAGAGACGAGACCGGUGAUCUACCGUUGGAGCAUGAGCCCUCCGAGGUGUCUCGGGUCCGAGCUGAAGAGGCGGGAGAGGCUGACACGGUUUUGUACAGUGUGAUCACAGUCCCAGUGGCAGCAUCGACAUCGUUUCAACUCCCUUACCCAUCGGAGGACGGGGAGAUCUACUCGCGAAUCCUUGGCAGAACUUCAGAGCACUCCUAGCAUUUAUGUAGCCACCCGUCUUUCACCCGUCCAUGUCCGUCCCUGGAAACAAGAAGCUAACGGAACACCAUCUUCUCAUCUGGAAGGUGGUGAAAUUUGAACUCAUCAAAUGUUACAGUACACAAGGAGUCUAUUCAGCCCAUUGUGUCUGUACUGGCUCUCGAAAGAGUUAUCCAGCUGGUCCCAUUCUUCAGCCCAACCUCCAUCGCCUUCUAACUCCAUCACUUUUAAUUAUAUAGCUUUUGAAACUUCCUGUGGAAUCCCCUUUCAUCAAUCUCCCAGGUAACACAAACCAACUCCUAACAACUUUCUGAGUGAAGAACGCUUCUCCUCAUCUCAGUCCUAGCUCUCUUGAAAUUGUGACCCCCUCCCUGCUAGUU